AGUUUUAGAAAAGACGCUUUAUUUAAAGGUGUUAAUCAAAAUGCGUGAGUGAACACCAUUUCUAUAACGUAACAUACUUUUUCAAAAGCAUUGUUCUUUGAGUUGUUUUUGUACGGUUUGGUUGUUAAAAGUUUAAUAUUGGAAAACAGUUUUAUUUUCUGUUCUUAUAUGUCUGUUGAGGCGAAAAACACAGCAGAUUUUUGGCGACGAGAAUUGUGGAAAACGAUUUACUAAUCUGUUAAAGUAAAUAGCAAUUUCAUUUGUUUCCUAGGAAAGAUUUCAAUCAAUCUAUUGUCCAAAUGGGACUUUUCAUGCUCGUGACCUUGCUUCUCAAUAUUUUCUGCUUUGCUUCGAUAAAGUCAGACGAGAAUCAAGGUACAAGCAAAUCUGUUUUCAAAGAAGUGCACAACCCUACUCAGAUAACGACAAGCAUGUUGCAUAAAAUCUUCCAUCAAUGCAGCCUUGAUAACACCUGUCGUUACGUUGUUAAGGAUAUCAAGAACCACAUUUUUCAUCGAUUUAGAGAUGAGCAAGAUAUCCCGACCGAGAGAUCAAACGUCGUUAUAUGGUCUAAGAAACAGGCAAGAAGAGGCGUUCAAGGAAAUAUAGCUUAUAAGAAGCCGUCCUUGCAUUCAUCCGCUCAUAAAUAUGAUGGAAUUGCAUUUGUUGCCAGCUUUGGAAAUGACGGUAACAAAACUGGGGCCUUGCAGCGAUGCAGUAUCACCAAAAAAGACAUAGUACCCUGGUGGCAAGUGGACCUAACAAGGCAAGCUGCUGUCACAAUUGUUCAAAUAAAAAGUGGCGCAACAUGGGGUCAAGAAAAAAUCAAUCCAUUCGAUAUCGGUGUUGGAGAUGCUAGAUCAAGUGGCGGACGAAACAAUGCGCUUUGCGUAAAAGAUGGAACGUUGGCAAUCGGAGAAUUGAAAAAGUUUGAUUGUCCAAGGCUUUUUUUGCUUGGUCGGAAUGUGACUGUGUUCUUGAACAGGGAAGAAUAUCUUCAAGUAUGUGAGCUUGAGGUUUAUAAAUUUCAAACAGAAUGGUUCGUGUAAAAGAUCGUUAUUGGUAGAUUUCAUGUUAUAUAAUGAUCAUUCCGUAUGUAUGCUCUUUGCAGAGUCUUUAACGGCAUGUUGAAGUUGCUUUGAAAAAAGCAAACACUAUGAAACAUACUGAGGUUUUCCGUUGGAGUAACACUCUUUGGAGUAUAAAUCGUCAGAACAUAGAUUAAAUAACUUUCAUUUCUUUCCUUCUUGCUUUAUUUUUAUAACAUUUGCGCACUUUUCUCUCUUUUAUGUCAUCAAAACAUCGAGAAUCUUUAGGAUCCUGUUAGCAUAGGUUCCUAAUCUCUGAUUGGCUGAGCGACCAAAAUCCUGCAUAUCCCAUUAGCCAAUCAGAAUUCAACAAUAUAAUAACAAAUUUACCUUGCAGCUAAAUUUAGGCCAAUUUUUGAUGUUUUUACCACUACCCGCAAGAAAUAAUGGUGUCAAAUGUGCUGAAAGAUAAUCUAAAUUUUCUUUAAAGAAUUGAAUCUUUGAUGAAUUCAUGGAAAAACUGCCGUUGUACUCAGCAAACAAUUUUCGCGAUCAUUAGUUAGAAAGAAUUGAAACUGUCCCUUUCAAAUCCACAUAAUAAGGGGGAGGGAGAACAGAAAAAUUAAAGUAUUUUAACCUUAAAAGUUGGUUUAUCUACAUAAUUAACAAAUAUGAACUUACCUUUACAAGCCAAUGUUAAAAUCUUGUCUUGUCGGCAUUGAUAUUUGUGUUAACGACAAAAUAAAUCACUAAAUUCCACUUAAAAAGAGAAUGCAGUCCACCUUUCUCUUAAAAUAACUACAGUUGUAUAAUUUCUUUUGGGCUAAGGUACUUUGUAUAUUCCUUUUUAUGGCUUGAAGAUCGAUGAAAAGCUCACGUCUACUGAUGUUCACUGCUAUGGCUGAGUAAAAGCUGACGCAAUUCGUCAACGGUGAAAAGGGCGGGAAAAUGACAAAUGAAAAUGCAUCAUUUAAGAAAAAUUACCUUUUCUUGGGGAAAAAAUUUCCCCCUUGUCUCCAUUGGGAGUUACGGCCCUGAAACAGAGCUACUUAAUUGGGCUAGCCAUCACGAUAGACAAACCCAAAUCAGCACCUGUAGACGCUCUGGCAAAAAGUUCCACCGUAUUUUAGUUGUUUACAGAUACCGCUCUUUUUACUGUUAAAAAAUCCUUCAAAACUUUGAACUACCAUAUCCGAAAAAUCCUGUUACGUUUCUGA